AUGGUAUGGACAGUAGAAUGCGAGGCAGCAUUCGUCCACCUCAAGGGGAAGUUGAGGAAGGCUCCCAUGUUAGCAUUACCAAACUUUGGUUUGCAGGGCCUUAUGAGAUUGAGGCUCGAAUUGGUAAAGUGGAAGUGCCUCAUGGAGCGGAACUAUAUCACGGAGGAUACUCCUUUAGCUGGAUCGUCGGCUGGAGCGCUCGUUUAUGCUGUUGUAGUGGCAGGGAUGAGCAUGCAAGACGCACUGGUCGCAACCAAGGAUCUAGCACAAGAUUGUCGUGCCAAUGGGACUGCUUUCAGGCUCGGGGCUGUGCUGAGGAGAGUUUUGUACAAAGUUAUGCCCGAUGACGCGCACGUUAAGGCGAGCGGGAGGAUCAGAGUUGCAAUCACGCAACUCUUUCGAGUACCAAGAGGCCUGCUCGUUGACCAGUUUGAUUCCAAAGAAGAUCUGAUCAACGCUUUGCUUACGUCGUGUUUCAUUCCCAAUUAUCUAGCACCACGACCUGUUACUGUCUUCAAGAACAGACUGUGCAUCAACGGCGGGUUCACACUCUUCAUGCCCCCUUCAGCUGCUGAAACAACGGUACGAGUGUGUGCCUUUUCUGCCAAGCGCCUCGGUCUUCAAGACACAGUGGGUAUCAGCCCGGACUGUAAUCCCGACAACCGAGCCUCUCCAAGACAGCUUUUAAACUGGGCUUUAGAACUGGCUGGAGAUGCAGUAUUAGAUGAGCUCUAUGUCCUGGGCUACAAGGAUGCUGCAGUGUGGGCAAAUGCAAAUCCUUUGAUCAGUUUUAGAGGCAAGGCUGCUCCAGUUUGAAGAUGCAACAAACGAUUGCUGUGUCAUACUAGAAGCAUUCAUGCAAAGGUAAGAAAAUCUGGAACCGAAUUAUAGAGAUUCUUUGAGACACCAUUCUCUAGAGACUAGCAUUUGUACACAAAGAAGAAGAGAAGAAAAACCAGGCCUUGACAA